ACACUGGGCCCUCCAUACCUACUUUUGUUCGUGAUAAUUAGAUGGAAGACGAGAUAAAACACAAUAACUCUUUAACUGAAUCACAUUUAAAUACAAAGCAUGCAAUUACCACUGAGCGCUGAAGUGACACACCCAAAAACCUUCAGCCGCUUGUUGCAACGCCACGUAAUGAUACACGUACACUCUGUGCGUACAGCUCGUCUACACACACGUAACUCUAUGGAGCUUUUUAGGCGGCAAACGUGACGAGGUCACCAUAACCUUCUUUGUUCAUCAGCGCAAAUGAACAAUUUUUGCCUAAGUAAAUUCCCCCGAUAUGCUCCCAUUUUCCGCCUUUGAUUGAUGGGACGAUACUCGGUAUUAUAUCCUCAACGUAUUAAGGGUAUUUGGUUAUCCAAAACUGGGUGGCAUAAUUGGUUUAUUACUGGUUUAAUAUAAAGCGUCCACAAAGAAACCAUGUCGUCUAUUUUAUAUUCCGCCAUUGUUGUAACUGGAGGUGGCGCCCCGAACGAGAAAACGGUUCACCUAUGCGACCCAUUUUCGACACCGAAAACACCGUAAAUCCACACGGAAGUAGUGCGAGGUGCCGCAGGAAUAUAUCCGUAUUAGCAUGGUGGUCUUUUAAAUAUAAAAAUCCUGGUAAAAGUGGUAUAAUUUAAUCCAUUUUUGGGGUGUGCGGCGGAGAGACAAAAUGUAGCUCUUAACACGAACUUGAUCAACAUAUCCCAUGAUUCAUACCAAGUAGCGCCAGUGCGCGUAUUCAAUGUGUGCAUAUCGUGGAUAUGCAGUACAGCACUAUGCAUAUCGCAUGCAGUACAGCAGUAGUGUGCGUGUUAGGGAUGACGUCACCGGCAAUAUAAGAGGGAGACACCAUUUUUCACUCACAGCCACGACGAAGUGACCGAAUGUUUUCAUGGAUUUCUAGCCGGGAUUUCAGCGACUGCUGGACGCUUUACUGGGAUCUAACCCAUGGCCAGCAUGGUGCGGGAGACCAGGCACCUCUGGGUUGGGAAUCUACCGGAUAAUAUCCGCGAGGAGAAAAUAAAAGAGCAUUUGAAACGGUAUGGCCGUGUUGACAGCGUGAAGAUUACCGGUAAGCGGGACAACGACGGCGGGCUCUCGGCGUUCGUAGACUUCGUGGAUAUAAAUAGUGCAACCAAGGCACACGAGGCAAUCAUCAAAAUUGCAGAUCGUGAACUGCGCAUCGAGUACAACAACCCGGACUCGUUAAUACCCGAGGAUUCUAUAGCGCACCGGGAUUACGAUGUAGGCCAUGGCAGGCACUCGCGGUACGACUCUCGUCGCGAUGGAUCAUUAGAUGACAGAUACGACCACCCUGGAUCCACUUACGAAUACGGCAGCCGUGGAUAUGAUAGACACUAUGGCAGGGACUCGGGAACAUACCACGAGGAGGAAAGUUUACCCGUUUCAUAUCGCGAUCGGCCACGAGAUCGAACGUACAAUCGUGGCACCACCUACUAUCAACAUUCCAGCAGCAACAGUAGUGCGCGGGGGACCGGCGAGACAAACUUUGACCCGCCCCAGCCGCUGCCUUCCACCCAGCAAUCGGACCAGGAUUAUCGUUUCCUAAGGGACCAGUUUACGUCGUCGUCCUCCUCACGGGUCGACGGGGACUCGUACUCGGACUCAGGGGCUUCGCGAAAAGGGCGGAGCCGGCAGCGUAAGCCCGCCCGUCGGGCGGGGUCGGCUAAAACUGCCACCAGCCGGUCCCCACACUCGGGUUCGGCCACCCACUCUAGGAGCCUGAGUCGCUCCUUGAGCCGAUCCCCACACAGUCGCAGCCAGAGCUCGGACUCGGACAGCAGCAUCUCGCAGGGGGGCGCCCCCAGCGAGGAGAACUGGGAACGACGGUCGCGGAGUAAGGAGAGCGACAGGGAGAGCCGCAACACGGAGAACACACUCAGCUCGGCUGGCUCCAAGAACGCGGCUGGACUCUGCGUCAGGAACUUGCCCACGAGAUCCAGCGACACGAGUAUCAAGGAUGGUUUGUUUCACGAGUUCAAGAAGUACGGCCAGGUUACCGCGGUGACGGUCCACGGCACGGGAGAUGAGAGAGCCGGCAUCGUCUUCUUCAAGAGAACGGAAGACAUGGAGAAAGCCCUGGCAGCGUCGAAAGGAAAACUCUUCUUCGGCUGUGAGAUGAAACUGUCGACAUGGGACGGACCUGAGAUUGGCGUUGACGACAGCGACGUCCGGUACUACGAGAAGGAGCUGGAUGAGUUUCAUCCCCGGGCUACCAGGACACUCUUCGUAGGCAACCUGGACCGUACCAUCACGAGGGAGGAGCUUAAGGACGCUUUCCAGAAGUUUGGCGACAUUGUGGACAUUGAGAUCAAGAAGCCACAAGGAGCUCAGCCGUUUGCCUUCCUGCAGUUCUCGGACAUCGACAGCGUGGUGAGGGCCAGGAGGAAACUGGACGGAGAGAUUGUCGGCAAAAACAAAGUCAAGCUUGGCUUCGGCAAGAGCAUGGCCACCAACUGCAUCUGGCUGGACAACCUGGCCACCAACACCACCGAAAGCUACCUCGGCCGCUUCUUCAACAUGCGCUACGGUCCCAUCUCCCGCAUCAGCCUGGACAAGCAGACGGGCACCGCGCUCAUCUUCUUCUACAACAUUGAGCACGCCCAGAAGGCCAUGCAGGACAUGAAGAACACGCGCAUCUCGGGCCGACGGCCAAAGGUUGACUUCGCCAGCAGGGAAUGCCAGAAUCACUUCUACGCUCGCCUGGACAAGUCUGGCCAGCUCCCCUUCCACGGAAGAGAUGGCUCUCCAAACGAUCGCGGAUUCCGGGAAUCACCUGGUGAAUUCCGUAGUACAGCACGCAGCUCACAGUCCCGUCGCAGCAUCCGAUCCCAGAGCAACCACACCUCCCCGGCAAGCUACCACAGUUCCUCAGCGCUCUUCGCAGGCAGCGGCAACAGUGAAGACCAGCGCUUCUUCAGCAACCAGACGGGGAGCAGCGACUUCUACCGCGCUGGCCCAGCCGAACGCGGGAACGCCACUGAAAACAACGGGGCCGCGGGCUUCGACGGGGAGGAUUCGUACGAGAGAGAGCUGCGAGAAUACGGGUAUCACCAGCGGGAGAGGCGGGAGCAGCAGCACAAAGAGAGAAGUCGCAGUCUCAGUCCCAGAGAAAGGUCGUAUGAGAGAAGACGAUGCAGUGGCAGUGUAGAAUCUCAGGAAGUCAACACCCCUACGCAAAGCCCCUACCACAGCAGGAGCGUCAGUCCAGUGGCUUGCCCCAGGAGGAAACGAACACCCCGUAGUACUGUAACUGUUCACGGAUCGGAGCGGUCUUACACACCAGUGCAAAGUCCCUCGCAUGAGGAGAACUAUCGGGAGGAAAAAGACAGGUGGAAAAACAGAUUACUAGAAGGAUCUGAUGAGAGAGGGUCCUCCACUGAGCGCAGUGAAACAAGACACAAGUCCAAGAAACCUAAGAGGAGCAGAGACUCUGACGACGACCGCAGUGAUAAGUCGUCGAGGUUGAGUGAGAACUCGCUCAACAAGUUAAGCGAGAAAUCGAAGCAGAAGCGAGAACGGCUUGAGAAAUCGCUGGAGUGUUUAAAAGCCAUCCGGUGUAAGGAUGUUGCUCUGAAACAUGAAAGGACUAAAGGCGAGAAGCGCCCGGAGAAAUUGAACUGCGAUGUGCGGCCGGAGAAAUUCAACUCCGAGGUCCGGACUGAGAAAGUGAAUUGUGAAUUGAGAACUGACAAGUUGUUAAACUGUGAUGGAAGGACAGAGAAAUUGUCAGUGGAAGAGGUGGAGGACUCCAACAAACCCAAAGAAAAAUACUUGAAAAAGAUAAAAUCAAAUGACUUGGAUGACACGAGGCAGAAACUUUCGGAAAAGGAAAGGACUAGUGAGAUAUUAGUGCGAUCCAAAGACCCCCCUGGUUUUGAUACCAGCAAAAUGCAGCUGUCAACUGAACUUGAAAUUGCGCGAAAACGGCGGAGAGUAGCUGAGGCGGAUCAGCUCCACUCAGUGAUUGUGCCCCCUGAAAGUGAUGAACUCAUGCGCAAACUGGAAGCACGCAAGCAGCGCUUCUCUGACAAAAGUCCUGUGGAUAUCAACAAGAUGCGCAAGAAGGAUACCAUUAAAUCACCAAACAGUGAUAGAACGUUGCCAAAUAAGGUACCCAAGUCGGUGAUUAGUAAACCACUGGCUGAACUUUCGAAUAGCCAUGGAGAGCCCAUCAAACAUGAUACCUCGUUAGAGUCCAACUUCAGUAGGGACACAAGAACAGUGAUUGAGAGCAAGCACAAGCCAGUGAGAGAGAGGCUUGGGACCAAACAUGAAGCCUUGAUCCAGCUGGAGGGUAUCAAAUAUGAUCCCAUGGAGAGAUUCAAUCGGAGUUUGAUGGAGAGGAGUGAGAAGGAGAUGGACAUGGCUCCCUUCUCCCACAUCCCAGAAAUCCAGGACAAGUUUGGGCCAGGUAGCAGCAGCCUGAGCCGACCUUCAAACUCAAAAUUGACAAAGGAUGAAAUACCCAAAGUCAAGCUUAAUAAGGUUGUUGUUGAGAGCAACAGUCAGGACAAAGGGGCGGAAAAACCCAAAAAGUCUUCCCCUGAAACGGGACGAUUGGAUAAAUUCCUGCGUGAUAAGAACCACCCACAUUCCAGCCUCAGUACGAGUAGCGGCAUCAGGCCACCCCAGAGGGAUAAAGUCAGGAUACAGCACCUUCUGGACAUGGAUGAGGGCAUAGCAAGCUCCAGCGAUCAGGACACACCUGAGGUUGAUGAAGAUCAGAACAGCAGGCAAGGACGAACCUCCAGGAGCAGUAGCAGCGGGCAGGGACCUUCAUCAUCUACGUCCUCCGCGGGCAGUAAACCACCUGUUCAGGACAUGUUUGAGAAACCCCACAUUGACACCAGCCUCAGCUGCCGAAAGCAGAUGGAGAUUGCCCGGAAGAGUUUUGAGCAGCAACUGCAAGAGAGGGAGACACAGCAGGACCAAGAGGAAUUUACUGGUCAAGUGCCUGUGCUACCCCCUCCUCCUCCACCUCCGCCAGCUAGCAGUGCUGAGCCAACUCCAAGUACAGAGCACCCGGGAAAACUCAACGAGAAGGAGAAACCCAGUGAAUCAGAUGGCAUCAUCCAGGAAAUGGAAUGGAAGCUGCAUAAAAUCACCUUGGUGGAAUUCUUUCCAAAGAGAAGACGGAGGAUGUCAGAGUCUCAAUCUGGAGAUGACAGUUUAUAUCCGAAGCGUGGGGGUUUCCGCUCCCGGCGGCAGAGCGAGGAUGGACUGAAGUCCCCUGGUGGAAUAUCUGAUGUACCAGUUGAUCCACGCAUACAGGGAUACCCCGUGGAACAGGAAAAGCACAGCACCUCUUCUCAAAAGGAGGAAGUAACCAAUGCUGAUCCUCCCAAAUCGGAGGUGACUUCGGUCCAGAGCCAAUCCCUAGAACUUAAUGUCAACAUUCCCAGUGACGGUGAAGCCUUGCCAUUGCUCUCCCCAAAACCAAUCAACCAGCCUAUUGUGGUGUCCGUUGGUGACACAUCGUCACCCUCAACAAGCGCUCCCAUUCUCAGUCCGGCGGUGACACCUGUGAAGUUGGACCGACGCCCGCUGUUGACAACACAUGUUGAGAAUGCAUUUCGGCAUGUUGUGGGUCCAGAUCCUACCAUGGAGCACAUCGCCAAAUGGAAGGCCUCCCUCGAGAACUGCACCAUCGUGAAAAAUUUGGAGAAAUCCAACCAUGUUGUCUCUCCUCCACUGAUCCCAGACAAGAAACCACCAGGCCUGAUGCCAGUCUCGGGACUUCUCGACUCGCCAAAGAAAACAGAGGAUCUACCUCCCACACUCAAGAAUGAAACCGGUGCAUUUGAUGUCCCACAGCAGAAGGUGCCAACUCUGCGUAAGGUGCCAUCUUUAAAGGAUGCUGUCACCGCUGUGCUUGAGCGCAACAAGUUGAAAGAGCUGUCCCCAGUGAAUGACAAACAGCAGUUGGCAGUCAAUACAGCCAUUGCAGAGCAGCAAGACUCCAUUGAUAUCCUGUCCAACAUCAAGAGAGAAGACAUAGUGUCAGACUUGGUGGGUCGGGAGCUCAGAGGAAGUUGUGACACCCCGCCUACGACACCCUUGACGCCAAACACUCCUAGCACCCCUGGAACUCCAGUCGAGAUCAAAUCAGAAAUACUGUCUACAAAAUCUAGGGUCGAACGAUUGACUCUGAUAGGAAGAAUUAAAAAGAAAGCUAGGAGCACUGAAUCUGAGCCGGUAAUGCUUGAGGGAAAAGAGCCCUUAAAACCUCCAGAGCGUAAAGUAGAGACCUUUACCUCACGACUUCUCAAGAGAAGUAGCAUCUUUGACCAGGAUUCGGCCCGAUUGCAGCAAAGUGCCCAUUUAAAGGACGCAUCGCAAGGCUCCAAUAUGAAGUUCAACUUCCUGGAUGGAAUGACUCCCUUGACUACCACAGAUUUGAUCAUGAGGGGCAAGAUAGAGGGUAAAGAGUUGAUUCCCGAUGGUCCGUUGGAAAGGAGGAACUCAAUUUCUGGGAGUUGGGUCUCUUCUUCUGCCAGGUCCCCAUUAACUGUGUCUAGCUCCCUCCGUAGAUCAGGCAGCACCACCACAGUUGCAACUAGUAUGACCUCUCCCUCUCUCCCACUGUCUGCGGGAAUCACACGUGAAAAACCUUCUGCUCACCAGCAACCACAGCGGAGCCAGUCCUUCACUUUACCAUCAAAGGAAGAGAUCACCCCUGUAUCCAUCCUUCGUGAUCCCCGGAAAGAGCAUCGAGAAGAAGCACGCAGAGAAGCAGUGAAGGAGGAGUCACGCAAGGAAGCAGUUGCCACAGAAGAUCCUUGGAAGGAUUCCUCAAAAGAGUCCCCAUCUUUGCCAUCACAGAAGGAUGAGCUCCCUAAGAUAGGCACUGCCUUGAAAGAUCCUAAACGGGAAGCAACAGGAUCACGGGAAGAAUCAAUGCGGCCAAAGUCAAUCCUAAAGAAGGACACGUCUUCUGAGUCUGGUCCUGCAACCGCAACAUCAAAAACUACUCCGCACCUUGGAGAGCCAAAUGCCCCAACAUCAGCAAAGAUUGAGACUGAGAAUGGACCAAGAGGAGCUGAUCAACUCAAGCUGAAGAGAAAGAGAUCACCCAGCCCUGUGAAGACUCAAGAGAAGUCAAGUGACUCAUCAACUAAGUCAGAUCCUCCAAAACCUAUUCUCAAAACUGCCAACAAGUCACCUCCUAAGAAAGUUCCUCCCAAGCCUCUUGCCAAAGAAAGUACUAUGAAAAAGACAACGACCAGUGGCCAGUCCGUUAAAGAUGCUGUCAAAACAAGCAAGGAUUCCUCUGCAUCUGCUAAACCUCUGGUUAAGAAGCCAUCAAAAGACCUUAAAGAUGCCAGAGAUGACAAGAAACCUGUUGGCCAGCCUAAAACAGCAGAGAAACCCAACAAGCAUGCUGACAAAGCUAAGGAUGGGAAGGACAAGGAAAGUGGUAGCGUCUCCAAAGCAAAAGAGGUGAAAGAAAAAGAUAGCAUCUCGGGCGGGAAAGGAAAAGAGUCAAAAGAGAAAUUGGAUUCCAGCAAAGUAACAACAAAAGAAUCAGCAAAGGUAGAUUCAAAAUCAUCCCAUUCUAACAAGCCCACAAGUGAGGCAGAUAAACCAGUGAAGGGGAAAACGGAUAAGACCACGAAAGCUACCUCAAAGCAGACUGACUUGAAGAGGGUUGCAAAAGACAGAAAGGACUCUACUUUAGACAAAAUGUCACAAGAGUCAGAUUCAAGUAGUUCAACCGUGAAACCAUCUGGGGACAGUGGUAAAGAUCCCAAAACAAAGGAGUCCAAAUCAACUUCGGAUAAAUCCAAACCCAAGGAAAAACCCAAAGACAAACCCAAGGAGAAAAAUGACAAGAAAGAAAAGGAUGUGGAAAAGAAGGAGAGAGAACCAGAAAAGAAAGACAGGGACCCCGACAAGGGAAGAGACAAAGUGAAAUUGAAAGACAAAGAGAAAGACAAGGAUAGAGAAAAGGAUAAAGGAAAGCCAGCUCACCAGGACACCGCAAAGUCUAUGAAGAAGAACAUGACGGUGUCAGUAAAAGCACCCAAGCAGCCAGCAAGGGGGGUUGCUGCCUUGUUGUCCACAUUGUCCAGUUCAGAUGACAGCGGUGACUCUGAAACUGAACUGCAGCUGAAAUCAUUGCCACAAGAACCAACCAAGGCAUCAAAACAAAAGUCGAAGAAGGACCGUCAGAGGGUCAUCUAUUCCUCAGAGUCUGAAUCAGAUGCAGAUGAGGAUUUCUUUGAGGACAAGAUCUUCUCUCCAAAGAUGACCAAGCCCGAGAUUUUGCCUGCUUUAAAAGAUGAUUUCAAACCGAAAGUGAAUGAUGAAGGCCCCGAGAAGUUGUCAAAAGCCAAGGACAAAAAGAAAAAGAAGAAGGAAAAGGAGAUUGAAACUGAGAGACCAAAGAAUAAGGAGGCAAUGUUAAAGAAAGAGCAGAGGGAGACAGAAGUUGAAAAACAGCAAAAGGAAAUGCCCAUGGAGACUGAAGAGCCAGAGACCACACCAGACUCGAAGAAAUCAUCAAAGAAAUCAGCAGUACGGAAGACAAAAAUGAAAAAGACUAGAGACAGUGACAAACCUCUUGAGGCGAACAAGCAUCCUGAAGUGCCCAUUGAAGUUCAGAAAGAUGAUCACAUCACAGUGGACCAAAAACCGUUGAUAAAAAAGCAAAGGGUUGCCUCAGUUGAAGUCAAGACUGAAUCAGAGAAGACUAUAUCUAAGCCACAUGGCAAGACAAACAAACACAAGAAAAAACCAGAUGAGCAGUGGGAAGUAGUUCCUGAAGAACCGGAAUUGAAUUCUGUGUUGACAGAGAGCGUCCCAACUGCCAAACCAUCUCCCAGGAAGCCUUACAACAAAGCAAAACUCGAAGUGGCAGAGAUAGUUGAAAAGGCAGUGAAGCCUAACGCCAAACCAGUGGAUAUACCCGAACCAGAAGAUGAAAGUACUGUAGAAUUGGAAGUGCCUGUGAAAUCCAAAGACUCCAGGAGGCAUAGCAAGUCAAAGAAAAAAUCAAAGAAGGAAAAGAAUGCUAACAUUGUUCCUCCUCCGGUUCCCAAUUAUGACACUGAAGAAGUUCAUCCUUCCACCGAAGAGGAGCCAAAGAAAGUUGCUGAUUUCUCAGACGAUCUCCCCAAACUUUCACUUGAAGCACCAAUCUCAUCAGAGCCAAGUAAAGAAGCAAUGCCAGAGAUGUUGGAUAUGCCUCCAGAUGACUUGGUGGCCGUUGAAGAGAGUCCAGAAAAUCCCCCAAACCUUGUCUCUGGUGAGCAAGAAGACACAGCAUUAGGUGAACAAAUUGAGGAGGACACAGAACCUGAAGCCUUUGUUCAAAAGUCCAGCAGAAAACGUUCAGGAAAAGGAAGAUCACCAAGGAAGGGGUCUCACAGGAGAAAAUCAAAGAAAAGAGAUGGAAGCAAGUCGAGAGACAGGUCUAGAAAAACAGAAACCAUGUCUGAUGAUCUUGAUAAUGAGGCUGCAGUCAAGGAAGCCCUUGACGAAAAGUUUUCUAAAGUUGGUGGACUAAAUAUCACAUUAACUACUAAAGACAAAGAGCCAGCUGCAGCUAAAGUGGUUGACACCAAUGAAGCUAAAGAUGGGAUUGAGACAGAAUCAGGGAAAGUGGAUCACCUUGUGGUCCAAGAGAGCACAGACUGCGACUUGUCUGAUCUUGAGGUUCCAAAGACACCAACAUUUGAACCAAUGUCCCCACACAUACCCACAGAGGAGGAGCUAGAGUUGGAGAGAGGUGCUAAGACGCUCCAGAGCAUUCUUGAUGACGAGGUUGAAAAACCACCUAGUCCAGGUGCUGGUGAAGUGAGAAACCUGUUUCCAACCCUCCCAAGUCCAGCACUGACAAUUCAAAGUCCUUCACAAACCUUUCAAAGUCCACCACAGAAUCUGCAGAGUCCCUCAGAAAAUCUUCAACGUCUGCAAAGCCUUCAAAGCCCCCCACAAAACCUACCAAGCCUGCCACUAACCUAUCAAAGUUUCCCACAGAGUUUCCAAAGUCCCCAGCAAGUUAAAGAAUCAGAGACUGAACCAGUGGAUGACAUAAAGACAACUGCAGAGAAGCAGGUUUUGUCAGAGGCAACAGGAGAGUUUGUACCAGAGAGUGAAGUAGAGAGGCUGGCUUUAGAAGCCAAAAAGAUGGACUCAAAGCAUGAACAGGCUCGUGAAAUUCCCUCUGUUAUUCCUCAUGCGCAGGAAACCAAGGAAAUUAUGAUGGAGUUACCUUAUGGGUCUGUUUAUGCGACCGACACAAAGCUUGCAGAACAGAUUGAUGACAUAAAACACAUCAUCAAAUCCGAACCAAAACGUACAAGAGGUAAGCGAGGCCGCAAGCCCAAAACGAUGAAAGAGAGUCAGGGCAGAGCAAGAACAAUUGCUGAGAUUAUCAACCUCAACCAGCGGAGUGAUACUAGGGCUCAGGAAAACAUCCAACAAAAAGAAGAAACACAUGAACCAAUCACAUUGUUGCCAGAGGUAAAACCAGCCGAACCGGAGCUCGCGAUAGAAGAGAAGCUUCCUGCUUGGAAGCCAUUCCGGGGAAUUCCUGGCACUGGAACAAUGGUCUUGCAGCACCCAAUCAUCAGUAUCUCCAAAGGGGAUCCAGAGACUAGUAUGAAAGUUGCAGCUGGCCUCACAGUGACAGGUGUGGAAAAUCAAGCUCUUGAAGGAAGGCAACAGACACAGGCUGAGGUUGCAGAAACUGAAGAAGCUAUCGCUAAUAUCUUGGUAGCUGAGGAACCUGUGCCUCUUGAACAAACUCAAGGCAUAGUGAAUGAGGAGAAACCAGUUGCGGUCGAAAAGGUAUCAGAAAACCAAGAACUCCUCAAGGACAACAGAUUUACUGCUUUUGACCCCAAACAGAAGGAUGCGUCAAAGGAAUUACCCAAGGAUGCACAGAAGGAUCCUAAAGCUGUAUUUGGAUCACCAAGUCGCUCCAAAGAGGGUUCAAUUUUUGGUCAUCGUGCCCGGUCAAACUCUGCCACUGGCUCGGAAAUACUGAAACCUGGGGAUAUUAGUGUGUAUGAUUUCACCGAUGAUGAGCAACACCCAAUGAAGCCCAGCAAAGCAAAGACAAACCCGGAAGCAGCUCCCAAGGCCCCACCAGCUACAGAGGCUGUCAUCAGCCUGGUAGCCUCUCCAAUGACGCCUGCAGAUUGGACCAAGAAUAAAGUGGCUAGCUUGAAACAGGCUGCUGCAGAGUCAAGGCGACAAGAGGCCACGGGUCUUGAUGUGUACGAUUUUCAGCCAAGCCCAAGCCCAAAUGAACUUGUGAAGGGGUCCCCAGGAAAAGCAGCUCAGCGUCCAAGGCGAUCAUCCCGCGGAAGAGGUACUGGACGCGGAAGGGGGCGGGGCAGAGGUAGAGGAAGGGAUUUGGAAAUCAAUGCCGAGGGAAUGAAGGACCCAUCAGCUGCCAUGGUCCAACAAGCAGAUACUGUCUCUGCACUCUUGAAGCUUGGCGAAUCUUUUCCGUCUGGUCUCCCUUUGGCUGGUGUCAUGCACCAAUUAGAAGGGCAGCCUAGAAAACCUGAUGACAUUCCGACAAGUUUGAUGAUGGUAUCUUCAGUGCCGUCAUCGAUGGCGCUACCAGAGGCAAAUGCCAUUAGAACAGUAGCUACUGCUUCAAAUCCCCAAAUGGUAUCACCUUCAGCCCAGGCCAUGCUCAGCCCUGUCAGCACACUCAGUUUGACAAAUACCCCCUCUUCUAGUAUUGUAACUUCCUCUUCAAGUAUAUCACCAGUCAUGACCUCCACAGUACCUCAACCUUCAAUUAAUACAGUCACACCGGCAAGUUCUGCCCUCCCCCAUUUCUCAUCAACACCAAUUCAAACAGUUGCUAGUACAGCUGCGAGCAUGCCAACUGUCGUAGCUGCACUGGAAAACCCCAUUGGCCAGAGAACCAUCCAAGAAACACCUGUUGCCAGUUUGGCUCCCAAGAGACGCCAACGAGCACCACGUAGCCGAAGAGACUCCAAGACUGAGCUCGAAAAAUGGGCUGGUCUCCAACAACAACUGCAGAUGAGCCAGAACCAGUACCAGACACCACAGCAGCAGUUGGUGGUUGCCCACUUCCAACAAGCUGUGAUGCAGAAGACAAGGGAGCAACAGGCAGCUCUGCAGAAGAGCUUAGAACAGCAGCAACAACAACAGCAACAAGAGCAACAGCAGCAGCAGCAACAACAACCCCCAUUCAGUAGGGCAGAGCAGCCUCAGAUGAUACCACUACAGCAAACAGCAGCAGCCAUGCAAGCCCAAGUCCAAGCCCAGAUACAGGCACAAAUGCAUGCGCAAAGGACAAUGACACAAAACGCACAGCAGCUGGCUUCACAAUCCCAAGCCAAGCUUCAAACAAUUCCGCAACACCAGCUUCAUGGUCAGACCCAACCAAUUUCCAUUCAGACCCAGGCCCAAGGGCAGGGCCAAACACAAGGUUCUGGCACAUCUAACAACCAGCUGCCUCUGCAAAGCCAGGCACAGCUGGAGGCUCACCUUCUUCGGUCCAUCGCGAGGCCAGACCCCAAUCUGCAGAAGCAAAUUUCACCUCAAAGGUCCGUCUCGACCACCAGUGGGAUCACAUAUCCUGCUCUGCAUGUAUCACCCAACUUCCCUUCAUCUGGAGCUGUGACGGUGGCCACCACCUAUCCAGGACUGCUUAGACCAGGUGCACAGACUAUCACAACACUUGCGGGUCACCCAUUUACUGUGUCGGCUGCGUCUACCAUGGCCAGUCCUGGUGCAACAGCCAUGUCAUCAACUUCUGCCAACCCCAGCUCUGCAACUUCUAACACAGUCACAUCUGUCAUCACUGAGAAUAAAGCAGUAUUCUCCAACAUGAACAUCAUGCAAUCUUGCCGAGUACCAACCUCAGUGGCCAGCACAUCCUACCCUGAUGCCAGUGUUCUCCGAGCACGGCUCACCCAGUCAGACAUGUCAAAGCCCAUGUUGCCACCAAAGAAGGAAAAACUUGGUCAGGCAAUUGCAGCGUCUCAAUGCGCCAUACAGCAAGUGUCAUUGGAAAGCCGCGCUAACAAAGCAGAGAGUGGUAAGAACCCAUCAGUUGAAGUACAACAGCAGCAACAGCAGCAGAUGAUUACAGAUGGGUCCAAGGUGGCACAUAUGGAGCUGCAACGGAGUCUUCAUCCUUCCAUAAUGCCGGUUUCGCAACAUCAACAACAGCAGCAACAACAACAACACGGCAUGCAGAAAGAAGAACAGGAGAGGAAAAGAUCAAUCAGUGACCAACAAAGAGCAGCAGCAACUGAAGCCUGGGUGCGUGCCUCGGUUGAAAAUAGGCCAGUACCUGCAAGUAUCCGCACACCUGAUGGGCAGGUUUUGUUCCUACCACAAAGAGGUGGACCCCGGCCGGAGCUCAUGCAUCCAAAUCAGCAUGGUGUUAUGAUGCCAGGUGGUCACCCAGGAGAGAUUGUUUACCCAGGAAUGAUACCUGGUCAUCCAUACUUCACAGACCCCAGCAAGAAGGACAAAUCCCCCAGUGGUGUUCCCCCAGCUGUUGCUGCUCAAGGAAUGAUGUCGAUUGAGUCUGGUAAAGGCGUGCCACAACCAGUGUAUCUUCCAGGAGCCUUGAGAAUGCCAGGCCCUUACCAACGGAUGAUCAUCACUGGCAGGGAGAACCAACCAGGUGUGAUGCAUUCGCCUGGUGGACGAAUAACAUCCCCCAAGGUACCACCUGGCACUGCUACAUCUCCAGCUCUCUCCCCGAGGGUCAAGUCUCCGGCUCUGGUACACAAUGAGCUCCCCCGACCCACAUCCACCCCAGAUGUUCAGAAGAGCGGAGAGCUGAACCCUCACGGCAUGAUGCCGCAGCCUGGAAUCAUCUCAGGCAUCCCGCCUCGGACACCUGGCAUCACGUCUGGGAUCCCUCCACAGAGGUUCGACCUACCUGCUGGUGCCAUCAUGACCGGUAAUGCCAUCAUGCACCGUGGUAUGCCGCAGAUGAUCAUGCGGCAGCCAGCCUACGGCAUCGCAUCCUCUCGCAACUCCCAGAAGCAAGAGGAGCAUGCAGAGAUGCACCACCAGGACAAGCAGCUACCACCCCACCUGCAGGUCCCACCUGAUGGCAUGCACCGUCGGACCCCGCAGGGCAUGGAGGCCCACAUCCAGAUGCAGACACAGCAGGCUUUCCAGGCACGGCAGAUGGAGCUAGCCAGGCAAGGGAUUCACCCAUCAUCAGAGAACGAGAGCGCCUCAACGCCCAGACCACCUAACCAUGACUAUCAGUCGCUGCCUGGGCGGGAGACCCCUGUGUGGGUGACCCAUGGAGUUGCUGGCCUGUCACCCAUGGCUCAUACACCUGGCGGGAUGCACCCCAGUCAGACUAGCCCCUCUCCGAGGACCAAAGCACCAGAUGCCCUUGUUGGUCUUCUCAACGUAAGUCGCUACCCUGUCAUGUGGCAAGGCCUGCUAACCCUCAAGAAUGAUGUGGCAGCCAUCCAGAUGUACUACGUGUCAGGCAGCCAGGCCGUAGCCCAGGAGUCCCUGCAGAACACCCACCAGACACUCCGGAUAGCACAGCGCAUGAGACUGGAACCGUCCCAACUUGAUGGUGUAGGCAGACGGAUGCAGGUGCAGGAUGAGUCUUGCGUCCUGUUGGCGCUGCCCUGCGGACGGGACCACCAGGAUGUCCUGUCUCAGACCAACACCUUGAGGGACGACUUCAUCACGUACCUCCAACAGAAGCAAGCUGCAGGCAUCAUCAACGUGGCCGUUCCAGGGACCACUCAGCCUGCCUUUGUGGUACACAUCUUUCCGCCGUGCGACUUCACUCACGCCAACCUCCUGGGCGUGGCGCCUGACCUGAUGGACAGCGUGACGGACAUCGCUCAUCUGAUGGUCGUCAUAGCCACCUGCUGACACCUGAUGGCGCUGUCUGCAUCUUCCCUGGUGAGCUUCAACGGCCUGGGCCGCGCAAGUCUUGCUUUCUGGUGUCAGUUGCUGGAAGAAUCGGUUCGAUUUUCACAUAAUCACCGCUAGUCCUCUAUCAGGACGGCAGUGUUCUGUGAAAGUUCAUGGUUCCGUGUGAUGUGUAAAUGACAGUGGAGUUGAUGUCUGAGUUGUUUGAUCUUGCCAUUGAUAAAAAUAAUAGAGUAUUGUUAUAAACAUGGAGUAAAUAACGUACGAGUGCCAAUGCCUAUUAUAGACAACUUGCGUUCAGAGACUACCCAUAGCUGACUGGGUUUAACAGUUGCCACCGUUACGCAUUUCCAUAUUAUGGUGUCAGUAGCGUCGGUUAUCAACCCCAGAAAUGUUAGCUGGCGUUACCCGUGGUCAUCGAUGUUACCCAAGGGUCUGCCUAACAGAAGCUUGUAACACAGCAGUGAUAAAUGUUGCGCUAAGAGAAAUGGUGCUUGAAUAGGGCAGGCUACCAGUGAAAAAACGACGACCAUACGAUUUGUGCUGCUUUGCAAGUGGCGUGUUGGCUGGUUACCAGUUUUUGCCCAGCAGAACUUUCUCGUGCAGUUCAGAAGCAGACACUUCAAGACAGAUUUAGACUGGCGCCAGUUAUCAGCCUCCCAACACUCGAGGCUUUUGGCAUAACCGGUUGUCUUGGAACCAGACAAAUAUGGCGGCGAGUACAAAUGCACGCCAUCUGGUCAUGUUUGGUCACAGACUGACUAAUUCCAUGAUUCUACUGCAAAAACAUCGCAACCACUAUUUUAAAAUAUAAUUCAACUACUUGUCAGUAAAAAGGGGUAGAAUUAUGACAACUACAUAUUUGGAUUAAAAUGCUGCUUGCUUUUGCGUUUUUGUCGUAAUGUAGAUGAAAAGAGAGCCAUCCGUCCAAGACCUAGCGUCGUUGUGUUUCUUUGUGUUUAGUUAAAUUUAUGUACAAAAAAAAAGAAAAGUUAUCACAGAGCAAAAAACUUGGCGAAUAUGCAUUUGAAACUUAAAUUAGAUUUUCACUGGCCACCCAUCGUGCAUGAUGUACACUUGGUACGUGUUUUUAAAUUUGUGUUGGCUUCUAAGAAGACAUGAGAUAUUAGCACCCAGGCCAGGAAACAACUUGUUACUACAGUGUUUUGAAUUCCGUAGAAUUUUGUUUCAAAAUCAAAGAAAAUUUUCCAAGUUUUCAGUUUUUCACUCUUGGAUUCUCAUGACUUGUAGGAAACAUAUUUCUUUUUUUGCAUUUAUCUUUUAUUCAUGUUUUAGUUUGAAGAUUGAAAUCAUACCGACCCCUUUUAAAUUGCUGUUCAUUUGGAUGGCCAAGUUGGAAAUGCUUAACUUCCCAAGAAGUUUUAUUUCUAAUAAGGUGAUGGAUAAAAUCUAGAAUAGGUAGAGUCCUAAAUGGUAAACAGCUAGAAAUUAUUUGAUUCCAGUCAUAAGAAGCCAACUUUAAUGAAGGGGAAAAAAGACAAAAAGGGGGGAAAAAAUGAGUUUACAAGCAUCUAGAUUUUUGUCAAUAUUUAUUUAUAAUUUCAAACCUGCAUUUUUAUUCUUAUUCAGGAAACAAGUAGCUUCAUUCGUUUCGUACAGUUAAACAAAAUAGGCUGCUCAAUAGAACAUUUGCAUGCAACAGAAAGUAUGUGUUUCGUCUUGCCGUGUCCUAACAUGUUGGCGUCGUUACAUUUAGCAAUUUUUCUCACAUUAUUUUGGUUUCUAGUGGAUACAUCCGUCAACCCUUGAUUUUAGAUUCUUUUUGUCGAAAUCCGUAAACAACAGAUUUUGUAUCAGUGUAUUGGUGUAUGUCAUGUUUAUUUUAUACUCCCAAAAACUAAACCAAAAAAAAAAAGAUAUACAUAUAAACACAAAAAAUUGUAUACAUGUCGGAGCACUGUUUAGCUACGUUGAACUUUGUUGGGUGAUCCAUGCAGAUAAAAAGGACCAAUUUAGUGUGUUAAAUAAUGUGAAGUUACCGGAACCAUGUUUUAAAUCAUAUUUUUUAUUACCUGUAUUGUCUAAAGUUAUGCUUUGUCAUCAUGGUUGAGGCAGAUUUUUGAAGCCGAUCGGUGUAUAGUUUUCAAUGUUUCCAACAACAAAACAUAUUGGUGGCAUAUCACAAGUACCAUAGGUCUCUUAGAUUUCAUGUACAUGUCUCAAGGGUAGCCUGGCCAAUUUCAGAUGGCAAUUGCAGAAUUGUAGUUCUUUUUAUUGUGAUUCGUUCAAUGGAGGUUGGGAGCCAGACCAACAUGGCACAGUUUGAAGGGGCCCGAGUUGCUGGAUCGUCAAUUGGGAUUAUAAAAAAAAAAGAUUUUCUUGAUUUCUUUGGCCGGUAUUAAUCUCAGAAUUCACAGAAUAUUUGUUUUUCUGGACCUUUUUAGUGGUCCCAGCCACCCCUUUUCCCCAUUUUAUAGAUCUGCCAUAGACGAAUCAUGAUCACUGUGCAUUCACAAGGCCCCCCCCCCCUCAAAGGCGAAAGGAUUGUGCCUGCUAUUUGGCAAAGCUUGUGGCCCGUGAUAGAUUAUCUGAACAUAGCUAGCACAAUGCUUUCCACCAUUGCAGAGGGCCUCCGGGGUAGUGUGCCCGGACUGCUCUGUAACUCUGAAAUUGGCCGAGGCUGGUCAAAAAUUAAACUUGUGGGUUGGAAUUUGAUUUUUAUGUUGGAAACCGAUGUGAAUGCUGUUAAGUUGUUGUUGAAAAUAAGGCUUAUUUUUAACCAUAAAAGUGGUUGUGAAAAAUGUAUGUGGCUGCUACAUGUAGCUGAAUAGCAACUUAGUUGGCCUAUGGAAAAGUCUGAUACCAAAGCGUAAGAAAGAAUGAUUUUUCGGAUUGUUUCUGUUUUUUGUUUUUUUUAUGAAUAACUGUUUUAUCUGUGAGUGUGGGAAUGAUUAUACUGUUUAAUAAGAAGUCAGUUUUAACAGAGGUAUUAAUUUCAGAAGUUUUUUAAUGCAUCUAUUCAGCGGGCAUGAUUUUUUGGGGGAAAUUGUCGUGUUGUAUUUUUCCUGGUUGUCCGUGAAUCAGGCUUUGGCGUUGUGUAGGCUUUGUCAUAGGGUGUAUGUAGUUAUGACACGAAAUUGUACUGUAAAGUUGACUGCGAAACAAAGUGUGUGUGCAUUCUGAACCUCGUCGUUUGAGUGUGACGCACGCGACGUUUCGCAAAAUUUAAAAAAAAAAAGUUAUUUCAUUAUGGUGCUGAUAAGAUAAUGUUUUCUCAUAGUGUUGCCCUACUCGGAAAAUCUUAGUGCAAAGAUAAUUGUUGUAUAAAGUGUAAACACUGAUUUAAAGACUUUCACUAGGUCGACUUAUUUGCUGUAAAAAAAAACUAAAGACGAAAAAAAAAAAAGAUUGUACAGUCUCGGUAAAAAAACAAACUCAUAACAGAUUUUGUGUAAAUGUAGGUUCCUUGUAUAGUAUGACCAUUUUGACACUGAAGUUGGUUGUUGGGUUAACGUGAAACACUAGAGGGCAGUGUUUACCUAGACUGUGGUCCACGUGUAACAUUUUAGACUGAGGGGCGGGGGGAGGCCCCGCCCCUGCUGUUGAUUUUUUUUUUUUUUAGUCCAUGCCUCGGGCCAGCUUCUCGAAGUUCCUAAGCAGAGAAAAUUGUCCGCUCAGCAAAAACUGAGACAUCAGCCAAGACGUCUUGGGAUGAACACUGCUUCUGAAAGUUCUCCCUUUUUAAAGCUUCGCACAUCAAUUUUGCUUAAGCCAUCUGCUUAGUAACUCCGUGAAGUCCCCCCUGGCCGACGGCAGGAAUGACAACUUUUUUUUCAGGUGUGAGAGUGAACGUGUGUACAUAGCUUCAGAGUGCGUUUUAGUUUGAGCUGGGAUGGGUAGGGUAGAACGGCCUGUAAAAAAAGUAAAUGAAAACCGUGUAUUUACAGAAAGCGAGCAUGGAUUAAAUUACUUCUUGACCUUAGGUGAACAACAAGUAGUUUAUUCCACUUUGUUAGUACCAGAAAACCUUUCUGAACUGAUUAUGUCCACCAACCCCGUAUUUGUUUUCUUGUGGGUUUUUUUUUUGCGGGGUGGUCAGAUUACUGUAUUAAAAGAUUUAAAGAAAAAAAGAUUGUGUACAGUCGUUGUGUAUAUACCCUCUCUCAUGUGACUUCUAUUUUCAAAGAAAAAAAUACAAAGCUCCACUGAUGUACAUUUUUGAUAUCGAGUAAAUAAAUGGAGAGAGAUAUGAGUGAAAAUGAAAAAUAAA